AUGUCCAUUAAAAAUAGUUUUUUGUUUCCAACAAUUUUAGAGAAUGGAUAUGAUUUCAUGUUUAAUAAGCUUGAUACUCUAACAUACUCAGAGGUAGAAUAUUUCAUUCAAUACCUUAAAGAUCCAACACCAAUAAAAAUACAACCAACAAAAGAACAAUUAUUAAAAUUUAAAAAAUUAUUUUCAAAAUUUCAAAAUGAAAUUGGAAUAACAGGUUUAGAGAAUUCAAUCGUUUUACUAUAUGGUGAUUAUUUAACAACUUGUUAUGAUGAAGAAGAUCAGUUUAAGUUCUAUUCUUCAUUAAUUGACUCAAUAACAGUUAAAAGAGUGGCAGUUAAUAUUCCUUAUGAAAUAUUAGGAAUCAAUUUCCCAACCUCUUUUUUUGUUUAUAGGCUCUUAUCUUCUAAUAUUAAUAACUUUAGUAAUGAAUUAAUCUAUGUUAUAAUUGAAAAAUUAUUUAAUUAUGUUACAAAUAAUUAUCAAAAUAAAGCAGGAAAAUUUCAAAUUGAUUGUGUAAAUAUUGUAUUUUCAAUUAUAAAAUUAAUUUUAAAAGUUAAAGAAAAUGAAGAGAACUUAAAUCAAAAUGAAAAUAAAGAAAUUAAAGAAAAUAAAGAAAUUAAAGAAAAUAAAGAAAAAAAUAAAAUUAUAAUUGAAAAAAUUGAAAAAGCAAUUCAAUAUUCAUUCUUGGCAUUGUUUAAAGAGGCCAUUUCUUCUUGGGAUAAUGAAUCUUUUCCACCAAAUGACAAUAUUCCAGGUAUUAAUGGUGAUAAAAACAUUUUAAGAAUUUUUUGUAUUUCAUCAAAAGAAUUAAAUUAUUUAAUCAAUCUAUUGAUUACUUCAACCAACAACAACAACAACAACAAUAAUAAUAAUAUUAAUGAAAUUUAUUUAUAUUUAACAAUUAUUCAAAAUAAAGUUCAAUCUUCAAUUUUUCAAAAUAAAUAUAGAGAUCAAUUAAUUCAAGCUAUUAAUAAAGAUAAUGAUUCAUUUUUUAAAAUUUCAAAUAUUAUAGAAUCAAACAAAGAAUUUAGUAAAACCAUACCAGAAAUUAUUGAUUUAUUAAUUUCAAAUCAAUUAUUUAGUUUACUCAAAUUUAAAUCAUUUUUAAGAAUAUUAGAAAAUAUAGAUAAUAAUAAUAAUAAUAAUAAUAAUAAUAAUAAUAAUAAUAAUAAUAAUAAUAAUAAUAAUAAUAAUAAUAAUAAUAGUAAUAGUAAUAAUAAUAAUAAUGAUAAUAAUAAUAAUGAUAAUAAUAAUAAUGAUAAUAAUAAUGAUAAUGAUAAUAAUAAUAAUUCAAGUAAUAAUAAAUAUUUAGAUAAAUUAAAAUUAUUGGUUGGAACGAUGCCAUUUAAUGUAUCAAUUUCAAUUUUUUCAAAACUUUAUCAAAUUAAAGUAAUUAAAAGAAAAUAUAUUGAAAGGUAUAUUGAUAGAUCGAUAGGAGGGUUUUUAGAUUCAGGUGAAUAUGAUAGAAAAUCAAUUUUAUCAAUUUUUAAGAUUAAAGAGAAUGAAUUUAUAAAUCAAUUGAAACAGGAUGAAUUUAAAUUAUUAAAACUUUACGAUUCAUUUUUUAAGAGGUUUAUAGCAUCAGUCUUUGAUAUUGAAUCAAUUAUGGAGGUAUUAUUUUAUGAAAUUCAAGAAUCACCAGUAAAACUCAAAUUUUUUAAGGAAAGAGUCAAUUAUCUAAUUGAAAUAUUACCAUUGAAUUGUAUUCAACGUUAUUUAAUACCAUUGUUUAGAGAGAAAUGUAAUAAAUCCACCACUUAUCAAUUAAAGAAAACUCAAAGUAUUGAUAUUAAUCAACCGAUGGGGGGAACAUUGGUUAACGAUGGAAUUAUCAUAAUACCUACAUUAUCAAAUGUAAUCAUUCAAGAGAUUAUAUUAAGAUUUGUUGAUGAUCAAUCAACUUCAAACUAUCAAAAGUUACAACUUUCAUUAGUAUCAAAAAGAUUUUAUGAAAUUGUAGUUGGUUUUAUGAAUUCAUCAUUGACAGUACCUUUAACGAUUUCAAAUGAAUUUUUCAAUAGUAGUACUCCAACAUGGUUUUCAUCAAAUAAUACCAAAUCUCUGUUUAGAGCUGCUAGUGUAAAAAAUGUGAAAUUCUAUUAUCUAGAAUCAUCAUCAAUCAAAACCUAUCAAAAAACUUUAAAACUUUUAUUAGGAGAAUGUAAAUCAGUGGAAGUUUUAUAUAUAGAUGGUUUAAUAACAAGUUCACCAUUUGAAAUUAAUUGUUUAUUCACUUAUUUAAAUUGGUAUGGCAGUAGUAGUGGUGGUGGUAGUGAUGGUAAAUUAAAGAAACUCACAAUAAAAACUCAAAAUGAAUUCAGUGAAUUCAAAACAAUUAAAAAGAAUAUUAAUAAUCUAACAAACUCUAACAAGAAUAUUGAUAUAUCAUUUGAAAUGAGUACAAUUGAUAUUGAAACUUAUGGAAGUUUACAAACUCCUUCCGACAAUAAUAGUAAAAGGUUUACUGGUAUCGAUAGAGCUGAAAUUCCAAUCUCUGAUUACUUUCAUCAUGCCAACUUUAAAAAGGGUGGCGUUUCAAGUAUCAAAUAUUUAAAAUUGGCUCUAAAUGAUUAUGAUGAUUAUGGUGAUUCAAUUAAAUACUCAAAGAAAUAUUUAAAGUAUCAAGACGAUGCUUACAAUGAAAAUUUACAAUGUUUGGAAUUGAAAUUGACAGAUUACCACUCUGAUUAUAAUUUCUUUUAUUAUCUCUUCAAAUUCUUUUCAAAUAAAAAUAAAAAACUUAGAGAGAUAGUGAUUUCAAUUGAUGGUGGUAAUGAAGGAGCAGAAAGCAUUUUAAAAUUACAUCAAUCAAUGGAAAUGAUCUUUAAAAUCAUUUCCAAUAAUCCAAAAUAUAAUCAAGUUAAUCAAAUUACCAUAACAAAUUUUUAUUCAAAUAAUUCAAAACAUUGGAACUCAAUAAACUCUUAUUCAUUUAAAUUAAGAGUUUAUUAUAGAUCAACUUUGAAUUCAAUUGAAUUCAUUAGAAAUUCAGAUUUUAUUGUUAAUAAUAAUAAUAAUAAUAAUAAUAAUAAUAAUAAUAAUAAUAAUAAUAAUAAUAAUAAUAAUAAUAAUAAUAAUAAUAAUAAUAAUAAUAAUAAUAAUAAUAAUAAUAAUAAAAAUGGUGAUGAUGAUGAUGAUGAUGAUGAUGACGAUGACGAUGAUUCAUAUUUUUUUGAUACCGAUAGUGAUUAUAGUUAUGCAUCUGAUUAUGGAGAAGAUCAAGACAAUGAUGAUCACGAAGAAGACACUGAUAGUGAAGUCUUUUCAGAUAGCUCACUUGAUUUCUAA